AUGAGGGCACCGUCUUUUCGGUCGGCGACAACUAUUGCGGCCAGCGUCGGCGACUUUGAGGGCAGGGCCGCCCCGACACGGCUCGCCUCGCUCUCCGCAACGCCAAUGCGCUCCGUCGCGGCCGGAGAGAGGCACGCCGUCGCAGUCUCGAUUGCAGGCGACGUCUACGCGUGGGGAUCGCGCCGUCACGGCGCGCUCGGCCUCCCGCUCCUGGCCGGCUCGGAGGCGCGCGGCCUGCCCACACCCCGUGCGGUGCCUGCGCUGCGCGGCCGCCGCGCUGUGGCCGCCGCGUCCGGCUCCGACUGGGCGAUGGCGCUGCUCGAGGACGGGAGCGUCUACUGCUGGGGCAAGGGCGUCCAGCCGCGAGGCGGCGGCGGCGGGGCGAGGGGCGAGGGCGGAGGCGAGCCCCCCUCGCCGCGGAGGCGCGCUCUCUCCGCAGAGGCGCUCAGCUCGGCCGCGGGCGCCGCUCCGUCUGGCACCGCCACGCCGCAGCUGCUCGAGCUGCCGGCCAGCUGCACCGCCGUGGCGGCCGGCCGCUCGCACGGCCUCGCGCUCUGCGGCGGAGGCGACGCCGCCGUCUACUCGUGGGGCGUCGGCGACUACGGCCAGCUCGGGGCCGGAGCUGCGCUGGAGCGGCCACACGCGGAGCGGCUGCCCCUGCCGCUCGGCAUCGCGCCUCGCUGCGUCGCUGCGGGCGGCUACGGCAGCGCUGCGGCGGGCGAGCUUGGGCCGCCGCAGCCUCCCGCCCUCUCCGCCGGGUCUGCCCUCUGCCUCGCAGACGGCCGCCGGUGGGGCGAGCUCGCCGAGCGGGUGGGCGCUGUCUUCGCGUCGCCGGCGCUGCUGGCCGCGUGCUUCGGCGCGGCGGACGGGUCGUACGACCCCGCGGCGCUCGAGGCGACGUACGUGACGCUGAUGCGCACGUACGAGGCUGCGCCUCCCGUGGUUGCGGCCCUGCGCGCCUCCAUCCCGCGCCUGCUCUCGCACCUCGGCGGCGAGAUCGAGGCGGCGCAGGGCGCGCAGACGGUCGCGCUGCUGGCGCUCCUCCGGAACCGCGCUCCGGCCAUGCUCGCCUCCCUCUCGCCGCCGGCCUCGCGCCGGGCGGCGGAGCUCCUCUCGGCGGCGCCGAACGAGGUGCUCGGCGGGCGCGUCGUCCGCCCGCUCCGAGAGCUGCUCGAGCGGCUCUUCUGCCGCGGCGGGUCCCUCGCCGCCCUCACAGAGCGAGUGGCGCCCGUCGUCGGCACACUCUCGCUCGCGCGAGACGCGUCUGCGCUCGCCGCCGCGCGCGGGUUGCCCGCCGUCCCCGCGGCCGAGUUUCGCUGCGCGGCCCUGUCGGAGCGGCUGUGCGCCGUCCCGACGCAGCAGCUUCCCAACGGCACACACCAGCAGACCGGCCCGUCCGGGCUGCAGCGAGACUACGCGGCUUGGGCGCAGGGCGAGGCCGGCUUUACCUUCUGCUCGCAGCCGUGGCUCUUCUCGGUAGCGGCCAAGGGCAAGCUGCUGCAGCUGGAGGCUGCGCUGCGCAUGCAGCACAGCCAGCAGGUCGCGCUUCGCCACUCGCUCUUUGGGCCGCAGCCGCGGCUGGGCAUCGGCGCAAAGCGCGGCGCGCUGGCCUGGCUCCCCGCCGACGUGGCUGCCGCGGAUGCGGCGGCGCCGUUUCUGGUGCUGCGCGUCCGGCGCGCGAGCCUCGUCGAGGACGCUCUGGAGAGCCUCGCGGGCAACACGCCUCUCUCGCUGCUCAAGCCGCUGCGCGUGGUCUUUGUCGGCGAGGAGGGCAUCGACGAGGGCGGUCUCCGGAAGGAGCUCUUCCAGCUGCUCAUCGAGGCGCUCUUCACGGGAGGGUACGGGCUCUUCGUGUGGAACGAGGAGGUGCGCUGCUUCUGGUUCUCAAGGGACAGCCUCGCGCAGGAGGGCGCGGCGGACUACUUGCUCGUCGGCCUCGUCGUCGGCCUCGCCAUUCACAACGGCACCGUGCCGACGCUGCUCUUCAGCCAGGUCCUCGGCGAGCCCUCCGCCUCGCUCGAGUCGCUGAAACAGGUCGACCCCGAGCUCGCGCGCGGGCUGGCCCAGCUGCUCGAGUUCGACGGCGACGUCGAGGUCACCUUCAUGGCCACCUUCACCGUCGCGGCCACAGCGUGCGGCGAGCCAAAGACUGUGGAGUUGUUGCCUGGCGGUGCCGACCGGCCUGUGACCAACGAGAGCCGCGAGGAGUACGUCCGCUUGGUGGUGGAGCACAUCCUGCUCACCGGGGUCCGGCCCGCCUUUGACGCCUUCCGGCGCGGGCUGCUCACGCUGUGCGACGGGCCGGCGCUCUCCUUCCUCUCGCCGGAGGAGCUGGAGGAGCUGGUCUGCGGCACGCCGCACCUCGACUUUGCGGCUCUGCAGGCUCGCCCCGCUCGCCCCCUCGCCCCCUCGCCCCCUCCCGGCCUCCCUCCAGCGGCACGUGCCUGGGUGCAGGCGAACACCAGGUACGACGGCUUUCGGGAGACGGAUGUGACGGUGAAGCACUUUUGGGAGGUUGUGCACGCCUACUCGACAGACGAGAAGCGCGCCCUUCUGGCUUUCGCGACGGGUUGCGACCGCGCGCCCGUGGGCGGGCUCGGCAAGCUCAAGCUGAUCCUGCAAAAGUCAGGCCCAGACUCGAUGGCACUGCCGCACUCGCACACCUGCUUUAACCUUCUCGCGAUGCCCGCCUACACCAGUCGUGGCAAGAUGCGCGACCGGCUGGGCAUCGCCAUUCACAACGCGAAGGGCUUUGGCCUGCAAUGA